ACUUUCACUCAGACCGCGCGCGAUUUCUGUUAACUACAGUCGUUCAGUUACCCGGUGGUCGCGUGCGCCUCAGCUGCUCUGCGGUGGUUACGACAAAAACAUACGUUGCGCUUUACAAACAGUAUCGGAAAUUUGCACCGUCCGGUGAGUUGAGUCUACUCGAUAUAUAUGUACUCGACAAUUGUCUCUCAACAAACGUUCGCCUGCACUACACGCAGAUUCGAAAUGAUCUGACACCAAGCAUGAACAUGAAAGAGCCAUGGCCGGCUAUACAAUCAAGAGUUACCAAACAUUACUAUACCUGUUCACGUUCGUUGCAAUCGGCGAAAUACAGUGUCAGGGUAGAGAUGCCACUGUAGCGAGACUACAGACGCCACUGCCAAGAGCGCGCGCCAUACCUGUAGCAUCUGCCAAUGGAGGUACUGCGUCAAACGCUAUUAGCCGACCGUCCAAACAGCAGCAGCAGGACGCCAUCUCCAAACAAACCACGCCGACUCCACCGGUCUCUGUCAAAGAGCUCUUUAACUCUUCGUCGUGCGUUGAACCUCCGUUCACGUGCCCUCAUCCGAGGAUCCAGUUUUACUUGUACACCAGGCUCACACAGAAUAAUCCCGACUUGCUGGACGUGACCGACCCGGAAUCGCUGUAUACGUCACAUUUCAACCCCAAACAUCCUGUUAAGAUUAUCAUACACGGUUUCCAAGGUGGGCGAAACUUGUCACCGAGUACAGAUCUCCGGAACGCUUAUUUCACUCGGGGAAACUACAAUAUAAUCAUAGUGGACUAUUCAAGUUUGGCGCAAAUACCUUGUCUGAACCAAGUAGAAUGGGCACCAAGAUUCUGUGGCAUGUGCAUUGCUCAACUAGCUAACUACUUAGCCGACCAUCCUCGAGGAGUUCCACCUGACAAGCUACACAUGAUGGGGUACAGCGUAGGAGCUCACAUCGCAGGCCUGGCGUCCAAUUUUAUCAACUCAGGAAAAAUUGGCCGGAUCACCGGCUUAGACCCGACGAUCAUAUUCUACAUGAGCAACAAUCGAUCCAGGGAUCUCGAUCCCACAGACGCACAUUUCGUCGAUAUCAUUCACACAGCGGCAGGCAUCCUAGGCCAGUGGGGCCCCAGCGGACACGCCGAUUUCUACGUAAACGGCGGUACUUCACAGCCCGGCUGCGCCAGCGAUAGUAUCAUACAGACGCUAUCGUGUGACCACACCAAAGUUACGCCGUACUUCAUCGAAUCGAUCAAUUCUAACAUUGGAUUCUGGUCAAUACCGUGUGCUAACCGGUUUUAUUUCAAUUUGGGUCUUUGCAAUCCGCCGGAGUCUGAGUACGUUUUGAUGGGCGAACACGUGACACACAAAGCCCGUGGUAUUUAUUACUUGCACACGAACGCGAAAAAACCUUACGCCAAAGGCUUCCCCAAAAAGUGAUCGUCGACAAACUGCAGCACGGACCGCAGCACCCGACAAUACACAAUACUCAUACAAACAAAAAAAAGAAAAGGCCUAGUCAAACAAUAUUUUAUUAUUAUGGUUUUUUUGCGAUAUGGACUGAUACCAUCAUCGGAUACUUUUAAUGAUAAUUAUAUCGUAUUGUAUUGCACGUGUGCGAAAACCUAAUGUGUAUAUAUUGCUUCUGUAUAUUUUUUACGCGGACGGUGAAUGUUUCAAGAUUAUUGUGAUCAUAGAUUAUUGUAUAGUCAGGUAUAUAGUUGUAGUAGGUACAAUUAAUUCGUAUAAGUACAUGUGAUAUGUGCGUCUACUUUAGUAACGGUAAAAUGAAAACGCUUUAUAUACAUAUGUAUAUCUGGAACGACACGUGUAGACGAUAAAUUGCAAAAAAUAAUAAUGCCAAUUUAGUUUAAAAUAAUAUUAGUAAAAAUUAGUUUUGUGGUGAUUAAAAUAUGAAAAUUAUUAUUACAUGAUGUAUAGUCCCAAAAAUAUAUUGUGUCGCAGUAGUAUGAAAUUUCCUAUAAUGACAUCACAAUCGUAUUGUAUUUUAUUGCCAUAUAAUAUUAUUAUUACAAUUAUUAUUGAAAAUAAAAUGUUUAUUGUAACGAGUCGUAA